AUGGCCAUCUUCGAUCCCUUUAAGCUCCGCCACAAACCGCCGUCAAUUUUCCCGACGACGACUGUUAAACCAGGCAACGUUUUUUCCGUCGUCGCCAAGCUCCUUUUCCCUAUAUGCAUCUUCAUCUCCUUUGCUAUGAUCUUCUUAUACACCACCUUCUCCAGUUGCUCCGAUUGCCACCUCAUCGCCGGCCACCGUCGCUUUGGCCGUGAAAAUGUAACAUCCACCACCAAUUCCUCCUCCUCGGAGAUUCUCCGUCAGAACCAGUCCUCGGAAGCCACUGAUGUCUCACACAUAGUUUUUGGGAUUGGUGGCUCAAUACAAACGUGGAGAGAUCGCAGCCGUUACUCCGAACUCUGGUGGCGUCCCAACAAUACUCGCGGCUUCGUCUGGCUUGACGAGGAACCGCCUCUUAAUAUGACGUGGCUCCCUACUUCUCCACCGUACCAAGUCUCAGCCAACACCUCCCGUUUCAAUUACACUUGCUGGUAUGGUUCAAGAUCGGCCAUACGAAUGGCGAGGAUCAUCAAGGAAAGUUUUGAGCUAGGGUUAACGAACGUGAGAUGGUUCGUGAUGGGUGACGACGACACCGUUUUCUUUGUUGACAAUCUAGUAACGGUUCUAAACAAGUACGAUCACAAUCAAAUGUAUUACAUCGGAGGAAACUCGGAGAGUGUUGAACAAGAUAUAGUUCACUCUUACGCCAUGGCUUAUGGUGGCGGAGGAAUAGCAAUUAGCUAUCCAUUGGCCGCUGAGUUAGUAAAGAUACUCGAUGGUUGUAUUGAUCGAUAUGCAUCGUUGUAUGGAUCUGAUCAGAAGAUUGAAGCUUGUAUUAGCGAGAUUGGAGUUCCUGUCACCAAGGAACUAGGGUUUCAUCAGAUUGACAUACGUGGCAACCCGUACGGGUUACUGGCUGCGCAUCCGGUGGCUCCACUGGUAUCGCUACACCACCUCGACUACGUUGACCCGAUUUUCCCAGCGACGACUCAACUCGACGCCCUAAGAAGACUUAUAUCGGCCUACAAAACGGAUCCAAGCCGGAUCCUCCAGCACAGUUUCUGCCAUGACCCGACCCGGAACUGGUCUGUCUCCGUUUCUUGGGGCUACACCAUUCAGAUUUAUCCGUCCUUAGUCACGGCUAAGGAGCUUGAGACGCUGUUCCUUACGUUCAAGUCGUGGAGGACGUCUAGCUCCGAGCCUUUCUCGUUGGAUACACGACCCAUUAGCGAGGAUCCUUGUGAGAGACCCAUUUUUUAUUUCCUGGACCGGGUUUAUGAAGUCGGGUCGGGUCAGACUCUUACGACUUAUCGGAAGCAUGUUGAAGUGAGCGACACGCAAUGUGACUCGUCCGAAUAUUCUCGCGCCAGUUCUGUCGAGUUCAUCGACGUCUCCGUUACUAAAUGGAUGCCGGAGAUCUGGAAAAUGGCACCACGUAGACAGUGUUGUGAAAUUGUCAACAGUGAAGAAGAAUCAGAAAACGUAAUCAAUGUCAAGAUACGGCAUUGUAAUCCUUUCGAAAGUGUAACUACUCCUCAUGAGUCAUAG